AUGUCUUCAAUGAUGCUGCCAUAUUCAAUGAAACCUGAAGGUGAUAUUUCUUCAGUAUUCGCCUCACUUUCCGGUGACGAUGCUGACAAACCUCUCGAACCUCGAUUUGCACAACUGAAAGCGGAAAUUAUCAGCGGUUACGAGCGAGAAGUCAAAGAUAGUUGGUAUCGCCUAAUUGAUGCUCUGAAACGUGAAAAUGCCAUUAUUCGUUCUUCACGCACAGCAAUUAUUCCUGAGGUUGACUUUAAUAAUAUGAAGAAUAUUUCAUCCGAUUUGAUCAGUGAGAUUCGCACUCGUGGCUCCAUGAUUGUGAGGGGUGUUUUACCUGAGAACAAUGCACUGAAACUAAAAACAGACGUUGAAGACUACAUCAGACAAAAUCCACAAACAAAAGCCUUUCCUAAAGACAAGCCAGUUGUGUUCGAAUUGUAUUGGUCAUGGUCACAGAUCAGAGCGCGUGCCAAUCCUCGAGUAGCCGAAGCACUCGCUUUCGCAAACUCAUUCUGGCAUGCUUCACCGUCGACUCAUAUCUCAUUGAAAGAGAACAUUAUCUAUGCUGAUCGGCUGCGAAUUCGUCAACCCGGUGAUGUUCAAUUCGCUCUUGGUUCACAUGUCGAUGGUGGUAGCAUUGAAAGAUGGGAAGACCCAGAGUAUCGAUCAUGUUAUAAGUCCAUUUUUGAAGGUCGCUGGGAGGAGAACGAUUUUUUCGAUGCCACUCAUCGUGUUGGCGCGAACAUGUCUCUUUACAAUACAGUUGGUGGUUGUUCUGUCUUUCGUUCGUGGCAAGGUUGGCUCAGUGCUUCAACUACUGGUCCAGGUGAAGGUACCCUUUUGGUGAAUCCACUCUUAAAAUUAGCCGCAUCCUAUUGGCUUCUUCGACCAUUUUUCAAGCCAACUGAAAAAGGAAACGAUUGGCAAAUUGAUACAUCGAGCAUCUGGCAGGGCGCUAUUCCUGGUCGAGGCCAAGAAAUGAAUGAAAGAUUGCAUCCUGAACUAGAAUUAUCUACAUCAAUGGUUCCCAUUCCAAAGGUUCGACCAGGUGACAUGGUUUUCUGGCACUGUGACAUGAUCCACGCAGUUGAUAGUGUUCAUCGUGGUCAAUUGGAUUCGAGUGUUUUCUACAUUCCUGCAGCACCCUUGUGCGAAGUUAAUGUUAAAUAUCUGGCUCAACAGCGUGAUGCCUUCACACAAGGUAUUCCACCGCCUGAUUUUCCGGGUGGCGAAGGUGAAUCACGUCAUGUUGGCCGAGCGACUCCUGAAGAAGUGAUAACACUCGGUGGUGGUCGUGCCAUGGGUCUCGAGCCGUUCUCAGUCAAAUCAAAUAUGACGCCAGGAGAAAAAGAGAUGAUAUCACGGGCUAAUGCAAUAUUAAAUUUUAAAAACUGUUCACAAGAACAUAACAUUUGA